GCGGCGGAGCGGCGGCGGCGGGAAGCCAUGCUGUCGAGGAAGGGGAUCAUCCCCGAGGAGUACGUGCUGACCCGGCUAGCGGAGGAUGUGCCGGAUCAUGCCCGGUACCGCGCCCGGGAGCGGCGGGCGCGUUUUGUGGGCAAGAACGGUGCCUGCAACGUGGCCCAUAAAAACAUCCGGGAGCAGGGGCGCUUCCUCCAGGAUGUCUUCACCACGCUGGUGGACCUCAAGUGGCCCCACACACUGCUCAUCUUCACCAUGUCCUUCCUCUGCAGCUGGCUGCUCUUUGGCAUGGUCUGGUGGCUCAUCGCCUUCGCCCAUGGGGACCUGGACCACAGCACCCGGCUGCAGCGUGACCCCGGGGAGGGGGCGGCGGGGGCCCCGGCUGGCUUCGUGCCCUGCGUGACCAGCAUCCACUCCUUCACCUCCGCCUUCCUUUUCUCCAUCGAGGUGCAGGUGACCAUCGGCUUUGGGGGACGCAUGGUGACGGAGGAGUGCCCUGCCGCCAUCCUGGUGCUGAUUGUGCAGAACAUUGUGGGGCUGGUGAUCAACGCCAUCAUGCUGGGCUGCAUCUUCAUGAAGACCUCGCAGGCCCACCGCCGGGCCGAGACCCUCAUCUUCAGCAAGCAUGCGGUCAUCGCCCUGCGGGAGGGCAAGCUCUGCUUCAUGCUGCGGGUGGGUGACCUCCGGAAGAGCAUGAUCAUCAGUGCCACCAUCCGCAUGCAGGUGGUGAAGAAGACCGCCAGCCUGGAGGGGGAGGUGGUGCCCCUCAACCAGAUCGACAUCCAGAUGGAGAACCCCGUGGGGGGCAACAGCAUCUUUCUCGUCUCCCCACUCAUUAUCUACCACGUGAUAGACAAGAACAGCCCCCUCUACGACAUCUCCCCCCUGAACCUUCACCACCACGAGGAUCUGGAGAUCAUCGUCAUCCUAGAAGGGGUGGUGGAGACCACCGGCAUCACCACUCAAGCCAGGACCUCCUACCUGGCGGAUGAAAUCCUCUGGGGCCAAAGGUUUGUGCCCAUUGUGGCAGAGGAAGAUGGGCAAUACUCUGUGGACUACUCUAAAUUUGGCAAUACAGUGAAAGUGCCCACCCCUUCGUGCACUGCUAGGCAGCUGGAGGAGGACAGGAGCAUUAUGGACACCAUGCCAUUGUCCCCUAGAGGCACAAUAAAGAAGAGGUCUGUCAAGCUAAAGCCCAAGUUUACAAUAAGCGAUGAGCCUUCCUGAUGCCUUUUGACUGGGAAACUCUGUUAGGGCUUUGUGUCUGAAAGAUCUCAUAAACUCAAAACACUGAGGUGGCCUCUAACUUUUUUUUAAAUUCAGGUUGGUAGCACAAGGUAUGUUCUGGUGUUAUUUAUUGUGGGAUAAAUCUAAAGCUAAUUAUAUUUUUUUAAAGGUGUGAGAGAUUUCAAGCAGCACUGGGAGUAGGAAAAUCAUGGUCUGCCGCUUUAAAUUUCAAUUCAGACUGUCCUAUUUAAUUGCACGAUCAUUUUGCAUUGAUUCAUCUGCAAGGUAAUGACAUAUUUUCUCAAAACAUAAAUGUAUAUUUAUCCUCAGAGAUUGCAGUAUGUAGGGUCUUGCAGUGUCCUCAAGUCAGUAGUUUUUAAAUGUGUUUUUCUAACUUGAACAAUCAAUAUAGCAAAAUAAAAUAUUAAUAAAGUAGGAUGGAUUUAAAUUAUAACAAAAGGCUCAGGCAAUGUUAUGUAUGACACAAGACCAGAUCUGGAAGUGUCUAUGUAUUAUACUCUGUGUCUCAGAGAAAUUAAUUGCUGGGUUUGCUUCAUCCAUAUUCUAUUACAUGGAGCCACUCCUACCACAUGCAAUAUGAAAUGUAUUUGAUUAUUUACUUUUGCUUAUUUUAAAGCCCUUUACACUUCCAAAAUAAAACAUUCAGGAAUA